CGGGAUGUCGAAAAGGAAGCUGCGAUAGUGCGCAGGCGUAAAAAAUACGCUCUUGCUCUACGACGCGCGUUGCAUCCUGCGUCGAAAUGACGUACAGCGCCUCUAGUGGCGCAUUGCAAAUGUAAACUCCCACACGGACCCAAUACAAAAUUAUAGGUUGUGUUUCUGUAUGCAUGAAAUACUAAACAUGUACAACAUAAUGAACACAAUGAUACCUACUCCUUGUCGGCGCUUUUGACCAGACUGUUAAAACGUAUAACAUUCUAACACAAUAUUGGAUCAAAAAAUGUGUAGCGUGUCAUGAUGACAGCAGUGUCUCCGCCUGGCGGUUAACUGGGGCCUUGCAGGUGGCGGCCGCACUGUUCUAUUUAUUAAACAUCAAACGAGUUCAUUUCUAGUGAUAAAAACCCCUUUUUGAAUAACUUAAAUAUCUUUCACAUUAAUUUAACGGUAAAAAAGGUAGAAGAACUGUACAAUCUACAGCACCAAAUGAAAGAAACCCUAGCAAGGUUCCAACGAAAAAAUGGUUUUCCUACAGGAACCUGCUGUGGCAUUUGUAGUAAAACCAUAGAAGCUACACAUUUACAAGUGUAUUACUAUAGUAAGCAUAUUCAUACGAUCUGUAGUUAAACUAAUAAUACCAAAUGCAAUCCGCCAAACAAUGGACACUGCACUUUUGCUAUAAUAAAACCAUCAUUCAUUUUCAUAUGAGUGAUUAUGGAUACUAAAUAUGGUGUAGUGUUAGUUGUAUUAUCAUAUGGAAAUGUUCUGUGACAUCACGCGCGUGUGUGAAGCCCCGGAGAUUUGACUCGCGCGAGCCGAACACACACCGACGCACAUACACCUGAAUAAACAUGCGCCUCUGUUCGGAUCUACACGACUUUACGUUCGGUUGUAAAAGGAGACUCGUCUGCCUCUAAGCAAAAUGCCUUGUGGGAUUGUCCCUCAGCAGAACUGAGAAUCUGCUACAUUCCAAGAUCAGAGGACACACGCUUUAUUUUCUAUGCUAAGAUUUUACAGUCCAUCUGCGGGAGCAGAUCUAUUUCUGAUAGCAAACCUGUCGUUGCCUUCUCCAGAAUUGACUCGCCGACCGCCCCGCAGGGCGACCGCCUAUCAUGAGAUUCCGGAUUUACAAGCGAAAGGUGGUUAUUCUGACCAUAGUGGUGGUCAUCUGUGGAUUUGGCGUGUGGAACAGCGGAAGGGCGAAGAAGGCGAGCGCGGUUUUUCCUAAAGAGACGGAGACCGUUAAACGGAGCGGCGGUCAUGUACCGGUCACGUCGCCUGUCACGCGGAAACCGCCUAACGAGACGCUUCCGGAAAAGCCACCUGCUGCCAAAACCGAAGUAGACAACACCACCCUAGUGUACCGAGGAAUCGUGUUCCAGCUCAACUUUGACCAGACCCUCAGGAAUGAAGAGAAGUUCGGGAAGGUACGUCGGAAGGACGACCUCGUGGUCGUGGUUCAAGUUCACAACCGUCCGGAAUACUUGCGACUGCUGGUGGACAGUCUGAGGAAAGCCAAGGGCAUCGAGAACGUCUUUCUGAUCUUCAGCCACGACCUCUGGUCCCCGGAGAUCAACCAGAUAGUGGCGUCCGUCGACUUCUGCCUCGUCCUCCAGAUAUUCUUCCCCUUCAGCAUCCAGCUCUAUCCUCAAGAGUUCCCGGGGAACGAUCCGAAAGACUGUCCCAGAGAUGUCGCCAAGAAAGACGCCUUGAAGUUAGGCUGCAUAAACGCAGAGUACCCCGACUCCUUCGGCCACUACCGGGAGGCCAAGUUCUCUCAGACCAAACACCACUGGUGGUGGAAGCUGCAUUUCGUGUGGGACCGAGUCCGAGUUCUGAAGGACCACCAUGGCCUGGUGUUGCUCAUCGAGGAGGACCACUACCUCGCUCCCGAUUUCUAUCACCUCCUCAAGCUGAUGGUGUCUCUGAAGAAGGAGCAGUGCCCCGACUGCGACGUGCUCUCGCUGGGCAGCUACGGACACGUCAGCUAUUCCAGCAAAGCCAACAAGGUGGAGGUGAAGGUGUGGAAGUCCACCGAGCACAACAUGGGCAUGGUGCUGACCAGAGACGCCUAUCAGAAACUGCUCAGGUGCACAGACACCUUCUGCACCUACGACGACUACAACUGGGACUGGUCGCUGCAACACUUGACGGUGACCUGUCUGCCCACCUUCCUGAAGGUCAUGGUCAGCGAGGCGCCCCGCGUCUUCCAUGCCGGCGAUUGCGGCAUGCAUCACAAGAAGUCGGCCUGCAUGCCGAGCGGCCAGAAGACGAAAAUCGAGAACAUUCUGCAGAGCAGCGGGAACCAGCUGUUCCCCAAACAGCUGCUCAUCACCAAGAGACUCCCGGCCGCUGGAGCCAAAGGUGUGGCUCCUCACGUGAAGAACGGAGGCUGGGGAGACAUCAGGGACCACGAGCUCUGCAAGAGCUACCUUCGCUUACACUGACCUUCUGCUUUUUCUUCUUGUUUUUGCAUCCUCUAAUGAAAGCCUUGACAAAUUCUUAAUGGACUCUUUCUUCGUAUUGCCUGUUUUAUUGAUAUUUUCCGAAUAAAAAAAAGUGUGUGACGUU